GGCAAAAUGAAGUUGGAAAUACUUAUAUUGAGUCUAUUUGCUAUAUACGUUAGAUCUAAAAGUGUGGAUCUAUGUGGUACUUCGUUAACAACAGUUAGUGGAACACAUGCACCCAAGCAAGUUUGUGCCGGUGAAUUAAUUUUUGAAGAUGACUUUGACACUUUGGAUCUGAAGAAAUGGCAACAUGAGCUUACUCUUGGAGGAGGUGGGAACUGGGAGUUCCAAUAUUAUAAUAAUAACCGAACAAACUCAUAUGUGGAAAAUGGUAUACUACACAUCAAACCAACUCUUUUGGCUGAUGAAAAGGGUGAAGCUUUCCUAACAUCAGGAACAUUGGAAAUAUAUGGUGGAUCUCCACAAGACCAAUGUACCAACCCGUUAUUUUAUGGUUGUAGCAGAACAGGAUCACCAGUAAACAUCCUUAACCCAAUCAAAAGCGCUCGUAUCCGUACAAUUAACUCUUUUGCUUUUACUUAUGGUAAAGUUGAAGUAAGAGCUAAAAUACCAGCCGGUGAUUGGUUAUGGCCAGCUAUUUGGUUGAUGCCAAAGUGGUUUCAAUACUCCUUGUGGCCUGCCUCCGGUGAAAUCGACAUCAUGGAAAGUCGUGGCAACAGAGAUUUGAUCAGUAGUGAAAAUGGUCAAAACAUUGGUACAAAAUUGGUUGGGAGUACUCUUCACUUUGGACCAAAUACCGAUUACAAUAGAUAUAUGCACGCUCACUAUGAAAAAACUUUACAAGAAGGUUACGAUGCUGCUUUCCACAACUAUCAAUUGAACUGGACUCCAGAUGGAAUCACCUUCUCUAUUGACGAUGAAGUUAUUGGUGAAGUAAGGCCAACAGAUCAAGGAUUUUGGAAUUUGGGAGAGCUGGAUAAAACUAACUUGGAGAAUCCUUGGAAGGGAGGCUCAAAGAUGGCACCAUUCGAUGAAGAGUUUUAUUUGAUUCUAAAUUUGGCUGUCGGUGGUACAACGUAUUUUCCUGACACAGUCACUAAUCCAGGUGGUAAACCAUGGUCUAAUACAUCACCAAAAGCUGCUACAGAUUUCUGGAAUGGCAGAAAUCAAUGGUUGCCCACUUGGAAAAAUGACGGAAGCACUCAUUUUCAAGUAGAUUAUGUUAGAGUUUGGGCUGUAUAAUUUAAAACAAUAUAUAUAUAUAUAUAUAUAAAACAAUAUAUAAAUAUAUAUAUAUUAUAUAUAUAUUUAAAAUGUUAAUGUUUUGUUUGACGGAUA